GUAUCGGUAGCACGCUGGGCGCCGGACUGUAUGUGGUGGCAGGCCAGGUGGCGGUGGACAAUGCUGGUCCGUCUGUGACUAUAUCCUUCUUGGUAGCUGCAGUAGCCUCAGCCCUGGCAGGGAUGUGUUACGCCGAGUUUGCGGCGCGGAUUCCUCGAGCGGGGUCGGCCUACAUCUACAGUUACGUCACGGUCGGAGAAGCCAUGGCGUUCGUGAUUGGCUGGAAUCUGAUCCUGGAAUAUGUCAUCGGAACUGCCAGCGUGGCUCGAGGUUUUAGCCUCUACUUUGACUCGCUGAUCGACAAGAAGAUCUCCGGGUUUCUCAACAGCACCAUGCACAUGGAGGUGGAUCAGCUGUCAGAGUACCCGGACUUUUUUGCUUUCGCCAUUACUAUUGUGGUUACACUGCUCCUGGCUGCCGGAGUGCAGGAGUCAGCACGUUUCAACAACAUCUUCACCUGCGUCAACCUCCUGGUCGUCCUCUACGUUACAAUCUGCGGUCUCUUCAAAAUGGACUUCCACAACUGGACCCUUAGCCAAGAGGAGGUACCAGCUGGUGCAGGCACCGGGGGUUUCAUGCCGUUUGGUUUUUCCGGCACGAUGGCUGGGGCGGCAACCUGUUUCUACGCUUUUGUUGGAUUUGACUGCGUGGCAACAACAGGUGAAGAAACAAAAAAUCCUCAAAGAUCAAUACCAAUUGGUAUCGUAGUCUCGCUGCUAGUGAUAUUCCUGUCCUACUUCAACAGGGACGCGGCCCUACCUGCCGUCUUUGAUCGCGUGGGCUGGAGGGUUGCCAGGUACAUCAUCGCAGCGGGAGCCGUCUGUGGCUUGUCUACAAGCCUCUUGGGCGCCAUGUUUCCUCUGCCACGAAUCCUCUACGCCAUGGGAACCGAUGGUGUUAUAUUCCGGUUUAUGGGCCGUGUGUCCAGGAGAUUCAAGACGCCCAUCAUUGGAACUGCUGUCUCCGGUGUCUUUGCAGGAUUUAUGGCCAUGAUGUUCAACCUGAAAGAGCUGGUUGACAUGAUGUCGAUAGGGACACUGCUGGCGUACACUCUAGUUAGUGUAUCGGUGCUCAUUCUCAGGUAUGAAGCAGACGAGAAUCUGUAUAGCAACAAGCACACGAAAAAUAUACAAGAAGAAGCGUGUGUUAGACCUGCUGCGAAAGAAAAAAGCAAAUGUGCCAUUGUUCAGAUGAUACGCCCCAAGACAAGCCAACCUACUUCCCAGACAUCGUCCACUGUCAAAGUUUUAGUCGCCAUUUUAUGUCUUUUGACUGCAGCCUUCUCCUCCAUGCUGAUAUUUGCAGACAGCGGCCUGGUGGACAAGGAACCGUGGGCUGUUUCGAUCACCGCCAUGUUUGGGCUUCUGUUUGUGGGCUGCCUUGUCUUGAUCAUGCUGCAGCCUCAAAGUAAUGCCAGCCUGCCAUUCAAGGUUCCCUGGGUUCCGGUUCUACCAGCCAUCAGUAUGUUCGUCAAUGUGUACCUCAUGCUGAAACUAUCUCCCAUGACAUGGGCAAGAUUCAGCAUCUGGAUGGCAAUUGGAACACUGAUCUAUUGUACCUACGGUAUUCGCCAUAGCACUGAAGAACUCAGAAUUAGGACAGAAGAACGUAACCUGGGGGAAUGUCAAACGGCACUGCAGUCAGUUGCUGACCACGCUAGCAACGAGGAUAGUGGGAUUUCAGUCUUUGAAUCCAACUCUGCCUGUUGUAAAAGUAACAAGACUUUGGAAGGACGGUCUCAGUAA